UCAUCUCUGAGACAAACUGGAAUUAAAAAGCUAAGGAUGUUUAAUUUAUUGUUUAAAUGCAGAGGUUUCUGGUUGUGUGUGUUUGAAGUCCCUCACACUGUCUCUCUCCCUUCCUCCCUCUUGUAGCUGCACUGUGUUGCUGAAUAUGACAUCUGUGAAAGUUGCAGGACAGGCCUUCAAUGUGGGUCAUUGUUCAGCACGUCAUUUAUCUUCUUUUCACGGCGCCUGGCCUGCGGUCGAGGAGGAGUUUUAGUUUGCAGGGAAACGUGAGGAGGACCUCAAACAAACAGCUCCAACGGACUCCCAACAGACCGGACUGAGAACCGGCUCUCUGAUGACGAGAUGACAUCCACAGAAAUGCCAGAAGCGCAGGGCUUUCUGGAAACCUGCCAUGUGACAUUUGGCUGUCGACGCUGCGUCAGAAGGUCAAAGGGAAGGGGGCUGCACGUUUCAUGGAAAUGCAGAAAACCAGCGAAAACCUGCAACACAUCCGGCACCACGACUUCUUCAGCGAGGCUUUGGAGGAUGUCGGCGGGUUCGAUGGUGGACAUGAGGCGGCUGCAGCAGACACGUUUGAGCGCUCGUGCUCCCGGAGGUCCAGACAGCAAAAGUUCCCCAUGAGCAAAAAGAUUUUCCCCUGGAUGAAAGAGUCCAGACAGGCAGAGCAGAAACCCGGCAGGAGGAUCACAGAAUGCACCGAGAAGUGUCCGAGCGCGAGCCCGGUCUCCAAGAGGUCGCGCACCGCGUACACGAGCGCGCAACUGGUGGAGCUGGAGAAGGAGUUCCACUUCAGCCGCUACCUGUGCAGGCCGCGGCGCGUGGAGAUGGCCAGCCUGCUCAACCUGCACGAGAGGCAGAUUAAGAUCUGGUUCCAGAACCGGAGGAUGAAGCAGAAGAAGGACGAGAGAGUCCAGGGCCUCGCUAACACCACCACCACCACCACCACCUCCUCCUCACCCCCGUCCUCCCCCUCCGCCCCGGGCAGCCCCACUCUGUCGAGCCUGGGUUAUGUCCAUCUGGGCGGGGAUUACCAGCCGGCCUCUCCUCCGCUCAAGUCCCAACAGCACCAUCAGCCCCAGCCGGCGUACCCGGCAGAGUACUCCAAAUAUGCAGCUCCAGGCUUCACGCACGGCCCGCAGCUUCACGUGCAGUACAACACGCACUCCAGCUCCCACACAACAGACCUCGAUGUGGAUGUUAGUGGGUCAUAUUUCUCACAGAGCUGCACUCAGGACAGAAUCAUGCAGGCUCCAAAACUGACCCAUCUGUAGGACGCAAGAAUCCUCCAAAACUUUACCUUUCACUCCCAGAGAAGACUCCACUGAUCCACCCUGAUGCAUGCAUUUUUAUUUAUUUAUUUAUUUGACUAAUUAAUCUAAAUAUUAGUCUCAAGUCUCAGCUUUUUAAAAAAUAUUUAUUUAUAUUUAUCCACCAUGUGAUUUAUUUUGUGUUAACGUUUACGCAUGGGUCUGAUCUUGUUUGCACUUACUUCAGGACAUGUUUAAAUGCAGCCCUGUGUGUUCAAAAUUAAAAUGUGAUGUGCUGUUAUUUCAGCUACAGAAAUAAAACACAAUUUGCUGACA